CGAUAGAAAUCCAAUCCGAUCCACAAGUCAAGAAGGCGUGGUUUCGGAAGCGCCGACGCCGACAUAAAAUACCAAUACAUCUUCCCGAAGGACCAGCUUCCGUCCCGUGGGGCCUGCAAGAAGAACCGGACACGAUGACCGCCGCUCCGACAACAGUUGAGAGAGACUUCGUAUGGUGCGCAUCCUAUGCGAAGCGAGAUUUUAAAGUACAGCGCGCGAUCCGCAUUCCCAACGAACUUCCCUUGAAGGAGAUCGUCUUCCGAGUCAUGCAGGAAGACAAGCUUCCCUGCUACGUCGAAGACGAUUUGACGAAGAGCCUGAGCGACUUCGUUUCCCGGGAAACCGAGCUAUUCUACGACGAAGGAGCGACGGAAGCGAUCGAAAAGUUCCGCAAGGACGGCGACGUCGCCACCCUAGCGGCGCGCUGGGCGCGGGACUUCAAGGAGGAACACCUGUGCUAUGCCAGCCCGGAGGAGGAGACCAGAGACAGCAAGUUCCCUACGAUGUACCACACGCUCAUACAUUCGCCAGCGCUGGACACCAUGCUCAACUUGGAGCACAGCUAUGCGUUGGCCGUCGGCGACAUGGUGCGAGAACGUGAUGAAACGCUCAGCCACUUGCAGAAGAGGCAAACACAGGAAAUGGAACGCUGUGUGCAGCAAGUUGGGCUUGGUCUCACUGAUCGCGACAUAAAUGACAUUGCAGCAAGACACUUCGAAGAAACUCAAAGAGUAUCUGGCCAAUGGGACAGCCGCAUAGAUUCGCUGAAGCAGACCCAGAAGAAGGAGUUCCGUGACUGGGUCCAUACUGUCUAUGAGGACUACAUCAUUUCCAAGGGCGGCCGUGGGUUUGGGGAACGAUUGCGGGCAGCAUCGAAGUCGCUGGCAGGGCACGAUGUGCAGAAUUGGACACCACCUCCUCCUCGGCCUUCCGAGAGUUUUACCAUUCACUUGGGCUCUCAGCUGAAGGUGAUGCACAACCUCAGACUGCUGUCGGCCAACAUCCUUGACCUUUGCCGUCAUGUCACAUUAGGCAUGGGAGUUCCGGCACCGCAAAGGUUGCAGAUGGCCAUGUCACUCUACUCCAACAGCCUCUCGGGCAUUGUCCUGCUCGUCGACAACCGGAUCAACUCUUACGUUGGCAUCAAGAGAGAGUUUGCAGCCAUCUGCCACGAAUCGACAGAGCUGCACUUUCCGGACUUGGAGGAACAGCUGGAGACCAUCCGAACCAAAGCCCGUGAGGCAAGUGAGACCCGAGCUGCAGCGAGCCUGUCAGGGUCAGACGGCAGCUCGAGCCAGUCCAGUCGCCGGUCUAGCUUUUCUGGGCAGGACAGUUCGGUUUCGGGGCCGAGCCCAACGUUGCAGACGGGCGACUUCUACGUCACGCGCCAUUCGAACCUGUCCGAGGCCCACAUCGUGUUCCACGUUGUCAGUGAUGACUCGCUACGACUGCCAGACAUAAGCUCGCGGCACCCCAUCAUCCUAGGAUUGCGCAAUGUGCUCCGGGUGGCGCACGAGCGCGACGUCUGCAACGUGACUCUGCCUUUGCUGCUCGUUCAUGAACUGUCCGAGGAAAUGACAAUCCCUUGGUGCUUGAAGCGGGCUGAACUGGUGUUCAAGUGUAUAAAGGGCUUCAUGAUCGAGAUGGCUUCGUUGGUCGGCGAAGAAACGCGGACAGUCCAAUUCCUUGUGCCUCAGGGCAUUUCAGAAGACCUCUUUGCCAGCCUCUCUGGAAUGCUGUCGUCAAUCUUCAGAAUCUCCAAUCCACUUGUACUGAAGUGACGCACUUCGAUGACGUAUGCCUGCCUCGAAGACCACGAGAGAAAGAUGUUCUCGGACACUAACAUAAUUUUUAGACUGAACGACCAGUGUGUCACUAGCCCACCUUGAAAGGGACACAAGAGACAACACGUGAUGAUUGUUUUGACAGUGUCAUGUGCAUAGCUACCAAGAAGGACAAAGGGGCUGUUCCGAAGAGUGUAAAUAUCCGUUGCUUUAUUACAGUGGGGAUUGCCAUUACGUUGAUCACCUACAGAUUGACCUGCUCCCCGUCGUGAACAAUCCGGUGCAUUUUGUACCAUACUCAUCAUUGUGAUAUGUUCAACGUAAGGUGCAGCACCUGCACCUACUACUGUGAUCAAUGCUCUACGUUAUUAAAACAUUUAUUUGCAAUGCGAAA